AUGGCUGGGGAAAGAAUCCAUCCACAGUCUACCUUGUCAGAAAGCAAGGAGAUGUUAGGCCCUGGCACUGACACAACCUUUGCUACAGCUGGCUCACAUAUUGUGGGCAGUAUCUCUCAACCAGUCUUUGCAAGAUGA